AUGGGCAGUCACCUAGCACAUCAUCUGUUAGAGGCAGUACUCACUCACUGGAUCCUGGUGACCUUUGCUCUCUUGGCUGCCAGACUUUUGCGCAAUCACUUCCACAACGGCCUCAACAAGUAUCCAGGACCUCUUGUCGCCUCCCUGACCGACUGGUGGCGCUUCAUAGACGUCUACAAGCGUCGACCGGAGCUGACACAGCAGGGCCUACAUGCGAAAUACGGCGAUGUAGUCCGACUAGGUCCCAACACCCUCUCAUUCGCGGACCCGAGUGCUUUGAAAUCGAUAUAUGGCCUUAACAAGGGCUUCACAAAGUCCAACUUCUACACCGUGCAGCAGGCCGUGGUCAAGGGCCGCAGCUUGGCCUCCCUCUUCAGCACUAUCGACAACAACUUCCACGCCCAGUUCCGUCGCAGCGUCAACUCUGCUUUCUCCUUGAGUUCCCUUGUCCAAUAUGAGCCCUUUGUGGACAACACCACCAAGAUCUUCCUCAACCAGACCGAAAGUCUAUUUGCAGGUGAUCCCGAAGGCUUCGACAUUACAAGAUGGCUGCAGUUCUACGCUUUCGACGUGAUCGGGGAGAUCACGUACAGCAAGCGGCACGGCUUCAUUGAGAGGAACGAAGACGUUGACGGAAUUAUUUCCUAUCUCGGGGAGCUAUUCCUCUACGUCGCACCGAUUGGACAGAUUCCCUGGUUGGAUCUUCUGUUCCUGAAAAAUCCCCUAUACUUGAAGCUCUCGCAACUGGGCCUUUUCGACGCGACUUUCCCGGUGGCCCGCUUUGCACGAGCCCGCAUGGCCGAGCGGCUGAUCCCCGAGCUCAAACCCGAAGCCAGCCACAUCGCAGACCCAUCGGCAGGUCCGGCGAUGAAGAAAGACCUGCUGUCAAGAUUUGUGGAAGCGAGGGAGGCGAGACCGGAGUUCAUGACAGACAGCAUGGUCCAGACCAUGGCAGUGUCAAUGGCGUUUGCCGGCUCCGAGACGACGGCCAUCUCGCUCUCGGCCGUCUUCUACUAUCUGCUUCGCAAUCCAGGCUUCUACGACAAGCUGGUGCAGGAGCUUGACGAGGCUGCCAGGUCCGGCCACUUUGCCGAUUGCGAGACAGGCCUCGUCACAUUCGCGGAAGCCCAAAAGCUUCCUUUUCUUCACGCAUGCGUUCAAGAGGCCUUCCGGAUGCACCCCGCCGCUGGCCUUCCGCUGGAACGCAUCGUGCCGCCCCAGGGAGCCGAAAUUGCGGGCCAUUGGGUCGAGGGUGGUACCAUCGUGGGCUGCUCGGCAUGGACGAUCCACCGCCGAGAAGACGUCUUUGGAGCAGAUGUCUACAAUUUCGACCCUGAAAGGUGGCUUCCCCACCCUGACCGGGACCCUGGAGAGGAGACGGAGCGGAUCAAGAGAAUGAGUGGAAUGAUGUUUCAUUUCGGAAUGGGCAGUCGCACGUGCAUCGGGAAGAACAUCAGCCUCCUGGAGAUCUACAAGGUCGUGCCUAGCCUGCUACGACGGUUUGAUUUCAAGAAUUCGGACACGGAAUGGACAAUAACGAAUGCCUGGUUCGUAAAGCAAUCCGACUUCAAUGUUGUUUUGAGUCGAAGGGAGAUUGUGCAGCCCGCUACAAUGAUACCGCGG